AUGAACGUCUCACAGGUGGGAGCUGCAGCCAAGGCUGCCUGGCUGAGCUGCUGCAACCAGUCUGGGUCGCCACUCCGAUCCCCGGAGGGGCCACGCCUGGUGCAGGCAGUCGUGCUGGGCGUCCUGUCGCUUCUGGUGCUCUGUGGGAUCCUGUUCCUGGGUGGUGGACUCCUCCUCCGUGCCCAGGGCCUGAUAGCCUUGCUAGCUCGAGAAAGGCAUUCAUCCCCUGAGGCCGAGCCCAGUGCCUGUGGAGGGGACGAAGACUCCUAACUGUCAGCUGCUCUGGAGAUUAAGCCCCUUCUCGGCCAUCCAGAGCUCACUUCUGUGGGGCACAGCAGAAGGUCCGGCCCGCAAGC